GGAUAUGUUAAAGUGGUAAAGACAAACUUCUCAGACUACAGUAGACUCUCAUGGGAGAAGCUCUGCUCAUUAUCUGACAUCUAAACACUGCUGAAGGAUGUUUCAUCUUUUCUCUCGGAUCUUUCUGCUUGUGGUUUCUGGCAUUUGUGGCCAAAGUUGGAAUGUGAAGUACACAAAUAUUAACCAAUGUGCUCUGAAGGGAUCUACAACUCUUCUAACAGGCAGUUAUACACACCCAAAUAGUCUCACUGUGACAAAGACAUUAUGGACCAUAAAUCCAGCUCAAGGCAAAGACAACACUGAUUUGAUUGAUGAUCCACAUUACAGUGGCAGGAUUGAGUACUUCCACAAUAAAGAAAUGUUCUCUCUCAAACUGAGUAACGUGACAGAUCAGGAUGAAAGUAUGUACUGCAUCAAAAUCAUAACAAAUGUGGAAAAGGAAAAAUGGCUGGGUUAUCCUGGUAUUGACCUCAAAGUGACCGAUCUCAGAGUGGAGAUUCCUCAAGAGGUCAUAGAGGGAAAUUCAACAGUUUUAGUUUGUAAAACCACCUGCAACCUCGGGAACCGUGCUAAAUAUACCUGGUACAAGAACAGCAAACCUUUCUCAGGAUCUCUCAGUACAAAUGAACUCUUGUUGAAGUCAGUCAGCAGUGAUGAUACAGGAAACUACAGCUGUGCAGUGACACAACCUGAACAUCUCCCAUCUCCUGCACUCACUCUCACUGUCAGAUAUCCUCCAAAGAAAGUCUCAGUGUCCAUCAGUGGAUCUGGUGAAAUAGUUUUGGGUGAUUCAGUGACUCUGACCUGCAGCAGUGAUUCAAACCCACCUGCUCACAUCUACACCUGGUUUAAGGUGAAUGAAAGCUCAUCUGUUGGAUCGGGACAGAGUUACAGUGCACGAGAGAGUGGAUUCUUCUACUGUGUGGCUCAGAAUCAAUAUGGAUCUCAGAGAUCAGCUGCUGUGUCUAUAACAUCAAAAGCGGGCCAGAAUAAAGCUCUGUAUGCAGCGGCUGGAAUUGUGGCUGUGCUCGUCUGCAUCUGCAUCGUUAUUGUAGUCAUAAAGAUAAUAUGCAGACAGAGAGGAGAUACUGGAGUCAGAGGUGGCAUUUCAAAACAGGAUAACAUCAGUGUAGCAGUGACAGAUCAGAGCAUGCAUACUACAGUGUGUGAUUCACCAACAGCCAAUCAGAAUGAUUUAGUAUACUCCAGCAUCACUCACCAAAGACCCAAAAAAUCCAGGCAGGACCAGAUGGCUGGAGAUAACGAAGAGGUUCAGUACGCAACUGUCCAUCACCACAAGAACAAGGAGAACAAGAGAGUGGAGGCACCAUCUGAGUACGGAAAUAUUAGGAGUCAUGGUCCUGCUGUUUCUCCCAGAUCUGCUACUGAAAUGGUGGACGAUUCCUCUGUGAUCUACAGCGGGAUCAAUGUUGCAUGAAGAAUUUCAGAAUCAGCUUUACAGAGCAGCUGAACUGACAUCAUCUGAUCACAAUCAGUGUAGAACUGAUACAAGACCUGACCUGCCAUUGAACCACAGCGUAAACCUAAAGCAGUGGUUCCCAGCCCUCUUUUUAGAGAUAUAUUAAUUGUAUUUUUCCUUGAUAAACAUUUGACAUUGAUCUGGUUGCUGAGCGCAUUUGUUGUUUCACUAAAAUGGGUAUUUACCUAAUAAAAGAAAAUGUAUCUCUUGGUUAUGGGACUGGCAUUUAAGUUUGCAUGUGUGCAAGAAUUGUUCUGUGUAAAUGUUUAACACUAACACAGAGUUUGUGUUAGAAUGAGAAAAUGAAACAAACAAAUAUAAAUCUCAUUAGAUAUUCAUGCAGUCAUGAUUUCCACAUUUAAAUCUGGUGACAUCAGAGGAUGAUGUAACUUUCUUUCUGAGUUCGUCUUGUGUUGUUGAGAGGGAGGAAACAAAUAUUCAGGAAGAGGAAGACAAAUUCAAAUUGUGCUUCAAAGUGUAUUUUAAGUGUGAUCACAACUAACAGUUCGACAGUUUAACACGUCUGUCAAGUUCCUGUUUCCAUCAUUCCUCAUUUGAACUCCUGCAACGAGACUCAUCGCAGCACGGUAAGACAUUUGUACAUUAUUUUAUGAGGGUUUAAAUCAGUCUGAAGAACUUUGAAGGAAAAGGGACCAGGGCCGUGCUCACCCCCCUUUUCCACCCCUUAAAUAAAGAUGCAGAGAAUGAUUUACAAACUUUUACAUUUCAUAUUGUUAAUAAUUAGUCUUAAUGGUAAUUCUAGAACUGUUCAGUCUGUUAAAUCCUCUCAUCAGUAUCUGCUCCUGAUGUUCAGAAGAAUCUCCUCUCUCUCUGAUCUCCAGUCUCGUGAUUGUGCCUCAUCUUGAAUGGAAGAAAUCGACUUUUCAUUUAUUGUUUUAUAGAAUAAUAGAUUCAUUUAAUAAAUAUCGAUUGAUUGUGAUGUCAUUUGUAAAUAACGUUUCAUGUUAAUCUCAUGUCAUUAUUGUCUGUUUUAUGAUCGUAGAGGUUGCUAUGGUGACGUUCAUCAGAAUGUUUCUUCCUCUGAUCUUACUGGUCAUGACUGCGGGUGUUGAUGUUCAGCAGAAUUGGGGAGUGAAUUACAGCCCUUCAUAUGUUUGUGUAUUAAGAGGCGCAUCAGUGAAAAUGUC